AUGAAUUGUGUCACGUGCAAAGUGAAUAAAAUAGGUCCGAAUACCACUCCAUUCGGAGGCUAUCUGUGCGGUAAUGAGCAUAUGCAAUGCGCGGAUUGCAAUGAUCGCACCGAUGGCCAGUGCGGUAUUUGUGAAGAGCACACCUUCUUUGUUCAGAUGAACUUCAAUCACCGCAACAGGAACACAUCGCCCAUGACCCGAAAUUUUCCUAUCUCUGGUACACUUGAAUCAGCCUCAUCAUGCAUUUUUCCGAAAGCAUUCUUCAACGACAUCGAGACCCAGUCUAGUAUUUCGCAGGAGCAGUUGAGCAUGCAUGAGUCGCAUGAUUCCAUGAGCGAAGACCAAAGUGAAACGGAUCAGCUCUUGAUGCAUGAUGUGCAAAUUUUGCCUUCACAACAUCGAGCGCCUGCACCAACUGCUGCAUCGUUGUCGCCUUCCUACACACCAAUGUCUUUGUCCAUGUCGAUACCCAUGUCAAUGAAUCAGUACCUGCCAAACGCACAGGAGCGUAUUCAAAUGGAGACGUUAUUCUUCGGCAGUAAUCAUCAACCACAGUCGGCUUCGAAUUUCACAUUUCAAUUUCGAACUGAAAACGGUUUCAUGCGCCUAAUGCAGCCGCGCGACUCAAGUACACCUGCAUUAGAAGUUAUAGAAGCACCAAAAAGCAUACAACUGACAACUGAGCGUACAAAUCUCUGCGACACUUCGUGUGACGGUGCCUGUGAACCUGGUGUGGAGGGAACGAAAGAAAGUGUGGGGGCUGACGAGACGGAGGACGUAAUACAUACUUCAGAGAUCCGUUUUAUGGAGUCAACUGAAAGCAUGAAAAACUACUUUUCCGGUGGUACAAUCCAUCCUAUCAUAAAAACAAAGCACGAGCCUCUCCGUACGAGUACCACGACGCAUAGUCGAAACUAUGAAUUUCAAGAAUCUUUAUCUACGAAAAAGCUGCACGAUUUCGAGUCGCGCAAUACAGCACAACCUGCUGAGCUGGUAGAGAGUUAUCUCCGCACUUACGGACCACUUGCGCUAUGUCAAUUUCCAGCCUAUUCAUUCAGCCAUAGUUGUCAAGAGAGUGCCUGUGAGCCUGCAGAUGGCUUACAUAAUCGCCGCCAAUCCAUUCAAACAGCUACUGCUUCGGUAUCCACUGAAUCGGAACCAACUCUGGCCAGCACCAAGAAAACGGAAUUUCCUGCCAAGUACUUGCCGCCUGAUUAUUUUGUAAUGCAAGCAGUUGGCGUAGCGGCACCUACACCUGACACCAUACCAAAUCCGGACAAGAUAGCACGCCCUAGUAUUGAUUUGCGCAUGCAGAAGGUAUUAGAGACAUUACAAGAGAACCCGCGCACUCCGAAUGUAAGUGAAAAGCCCAUCAUUGACCAAUCGAAGAAGUAUUUUAAGAUAAUGGAUCAAUUGGAGCCACCUGCAUUAGUUGAACCAACAAUGCCUUUUAUUAAUGAAAAACACCUGGACCAAAUGUGCUCAUGCGAACUGCCUGCCGGGAAACCAGGCAAUGAUAUCAUGGCACAGCUCUCGAACACGCAUCGCGCCUUUUACAAUCCACCUAUCGGCCAGCCCCUCAAUGGUGUGACCCACUAUUCGAACAAUUUUCCAUGUUCCGAGCCACCCCCUCAAUUCCAACUCGUCACUUGCUCCAACAUUAUGGAAUCGGAGCUUCUGCUCACCAAGGGCCGACUUAUUAAUUUAAAGCCGACACCCGCCUGCCACCUGACCAUUCCUCGAUCGCCCAUCAAGUGUCCUGAGUCAUCGUGUCAACGCAUGAUCUUCGUUUCCGACUUUAAUAAGCAUUUGAUAGUUGAUCACAGCAUGUUGCCCAUGGAGCGCAUAGCGCCACGCCAGUGCAAAAAUUUCUUUCUCGACCCGAAGUUGGCUCAUUGCGGCAAUAGCAAAUGCCACUUACUCUAUCUGAUACGCGACAAAAUUACCGAUCUCGGAAGCAGCAAAUUCAAAGAUUUUCUGCCAUUGUUAGUGAUGAGUACGCGUAUUCGGCUCUCGGAUUUGUGUGGUAUUGACGCACACGAGUAUCCGAAUUUCUGGGAGAGUGAAGCUAAUACCGAGUAUUUGAUGAUAUGGUUGACCGGCAUUGUGCCAGAAGAGUUCCACGUCGCUGUCAGUUUAACGGUGUGGUCACGGUCGGGUAAUGUGCCCGCUUGUCACAUGGUGCAUUCGGGUGAGAUGUAUUCGGUGCGGCGUUCGCAAGAAGUCAAAGAUGUCUGUCACAGCGGCCAAAUGCUGUUGUUGUCCGCUUCCGAAAUGCAGUUACUUACAAACUGUGGCAAAGAAAUGCUCGAACUGCAAAUCGUCGUACAUUAGAUGUUUUAUUCAAGUGAAAAUAACGCGGUAUUCAUGAGAAAAUAUUACAGUACAGUAAGGCAGUCAACACAUUUGCAAACAUUCACGCACAACCAAUAC